GCUGGGCAGUGAGGAGCGGAGCCGGGGGCGCGGAGCGAGGCGGGCAGCACCCAGCCGGGACGGAACGGCGGGGCGGGCAAAGGGCUGCGCGCACGGGGGGGCACGGGAAGGUGCCGGGGGUGUGGGUGGGACACGGGGCUGCAGGAGGCACGGGGGGGGCAGUGCGAUUUUGGGGUACAGGGCUCUGGGCGUAGAGGAUUCGGUGGGGUGUGGGCAUGGGGAGGAAUUUAGAGCAUGGGGAGGACAUCAAGGCAUAGGGAGCAGCUGGAUAUGAUGGGAGAUGUGGUGCUCGGGGCUCUGCGGAUUUGGUGGGCUGUGGGCUUAUGGGGGAGCUCGGGGCAUGGGGGGGAAAACAAGGCACAGAAGGCAGCUGAAUAUAGUGGGGCUUUGAAUGGAGUUGGGGGUAUGGGAACGUUGGGCUUAGUAGAUUCAUUGGGACAUAGAAAAGGAUCGUGGCACAGGGGACGUGGGAGGGUCCAGGGCAUGGGUUUGGGGAGAUGGGGGUCCCAAUGCCACGCAGCAGCCUGAGGGCUCUUCCCAUCCCAUCCCCUUGCAGUGACAGCAGCUCUGCAGAGCCCACGUUAUGGUGCAGCUCAUCAUCUCCAGUGCUGGUGCAGGCAGCCUGGAGCGCUGGGUGCUGGUGGAGCUGCAGGGAGAGGUGGAGCCACGUGGUGGCGGUGCGUUGCCCGGGAGUCUGCUGGGAGACCUGCACUAUACACGUGAGGGCAUCCCCGUGCUCAUUGUGGGCCACCACAUCCUCUAUGGGAAGGUGGUGCAGCUGGAGAAGCCCUUUGCUGUCCUGAUGAAGCAGGCAGCCGACCCUGCGGGGACGCGCUAUGCUGUUACCGCCCUCAUCAAGACCAAGCUGCUCUUCAAAACACGGCCGAAGCCCAUCAUCACCAACGUGCCCAAGAAGGUGUGAGGACACAGAUCUGCUGCCACAGGAGCAAUGCUGUUCCUUUGCUGUGAUGCCGCUGAGGACAGCUGAGGCAUGAACUCAGCUCCCACCUUAGGCAAGGUGCAUCCUGCAGGGCCAGGCUGUGCCCCUAAUGGGGGCUGCAUGUGACUGCCACCAGCACCGCCUCAAGCACCAGAACUCAGCCCUGCAGCCGUGCACAUCGUGCUGCCAGCUCUGCCCAUCCUCCUGCCUGUGCCAGGAUAGCUUGGGCACGCUCUCAAGCUGGCUGCCUCCUCAUGUUCCCUUCUAAAGUCACCCCUGCAGCCAGCAGAGCUGCAGAUGGGGUUUACCACUUCUGUUUUAGCACCUUCCCCCCUUGAGUCUCCCCAAACCUGGGAGCACAUGGAGUCGGGCAGGGGGAGCAGGGAUGACACACCCAUCUUUUCUCUGUGCAAGUCUUUAUUGUGUCAAAUCCACCAGGAUAUAAAAAACAGACCUCUCAAAAUAUGAAAAAAAUAGGAGUUAAAAAAUAAAUAGAUUUACAAACAAUCAGCAAUAAAGUGUAAAUACGAAAAGAGCUACAAAAGUCUCCUAAAAAAUCCCAUCUUAAAUAAAAAGCCUGACUUGUAGAAAGGUUCUAGCCCUGAAAAAAGGGCCCAGGGGAGAUGGCCGUGGGUAAAUACCCGGGGAACCCAGUGGGCAGGGAAAGGCUGGGAACUGGCUCUCCCCGCCCUCCUCUGCAUGCCCAGGCCUAAAACCCAGCACCUCCCGGCUGUCUAGACGGAUACCAGGUUCCCUCCUCGCUUCCAGAGCUAGGGGGCAGAGGAGGGGCGGUGGAGAAGGCAGCUGGCAUGAAGCCGGGACGUGGUUGGCUUUAUGGGGCCGUGGGCUGGCCGAACCAUCAGCAACCCACGCUCCAGCUGACCCACGGCCCGGAUUUUCCUGCUUCUGCCCAGGCUGCGGGCGCAAAAGCGGGGUGCCAGUGCCCCCUCCUUGCUCUUUGGCAAAGCACAACAGAGGAGCUGCCCUCCUGGAGCAGCCAGAUCCCCAGCAUGGAGUUGGAGGAAGCUGUGGGUACAUGCCUGCACAUACACAGCCAUGGGGAUGGGGGUGGGUGGCUUUUGGGGACAUUCAGAGCUCCAUGGAGACAGAGCAGGGGAUGCUGAGCCCCCGUGGGUGGGCCCAGCUGUCAGCACCAGCCAGCGGUGCCUGGCAUUGGCACAGCACCUGAGCGUCGUGGUGCCAAUGUUGGGAUGAAAUCCAAUUUCUGUCCCUAAAUCAUGGCAGGGAGGGGGCUGAGCCUGCAGCCAGCUUCUGCCCAUGCAGGGGCUGCACAGGGAUGGUGGGGAAAAAAUCCUGGGGCGCAGCAACCCCAGCAGCAUUGAGCAUCACAGCUCAGCACCUGGCUGGACACAUGGGGUCCAUCCUCCACAGUACCACGGGGGGACAUCGGGGGUCCCAGGAAAGCACCAAAGGAUGGGGCCCAGCAGGGCAGGGGGAGCCCAACCAGCGGAGCUCCCGCUGUGCCCUUGCACCAAGGCAGCGAAAUGCUCAUCAUGGCACAAGGAGGGACCCUGCAGCACCAAGGCUGUGCCAAGCACAGCUCCAGACAGCCCCGGCGCGGCCGCUAGCACCCCCGGGGCUGAGUUUUACAGAAAACAACAACAACAAAAAAAAUUAAAAAUAAUU